UGGUUAUUUCAUCAUUAUGUAUAAAGCCCUUAAGAGAAAGAAAGAUGAUGAAUUGAUUUCAAACAAAUUGAGUUUGAGGUUGGUUGUGGUACAUUCAUAUGAAGUUUUUUGGCCAUUAAUUUUUAGGAUCUGGAAUUUAAAAACUGGGUUAACACCUGCUACAAAAUGGAAAUCAUAAUUGAAGGCUGAGGAGUAGAUGAAGUUUCUGAGGGAGAAGAUAGGAAAAUGAAGAGACAAAGAGACAGGUGGAAUUAAGAAGUGUGAAGAUUGGAUUUGGCUAUCUCCUGAUUAUAACAAUGAAGGUACUUAGCUCUUCUUUAUUGGGAAAAUUGAAUUGUAAUCCCCAGUCUAUUUUUAGAUUUUAAUCCCCAAAGUGAUAACUCAGUAUUUGAAGUAGAUCUACCCAUUUUAAUCUACAAAAAAGUAACUAGCUACUAAAGGUGUAAACUAAUUACAAAAGGUGUGAUAAAACAAAAAAAAGGUGCGAACACCCAUUUCAUAUAUUGAAUGGGCAGUCCUGCUGUGAUUGGUAGAUGUGAAAUUUAGGGGAGGUGACACAAGAGAAAAAGACCUUUAAAUAGAGAACCACAGAAGCCAGAGAUUCGAUAGAAGAAUUGAACUUGAGGAAGAACUCUCAAGCUUGGAGUGAAGAAGAGUCACUUGGAGGAGAGACUGGAAGACAGACACUUGGAUUUGGCUGUGGAACUUGACCCUGGAGGAGCUCCUGCAGCAGACCUCAGACCCCCAUCCUUUUAGAUGGUCACCAAGAACAAUCCGGGUAUGGCUGAAACGAGACAGUGGUCAGUACUGGCCCAGCAUUUAUCACACAAUGGCAUCUCCUUGUUCAUCAAUGGCUUACCAUCAUGAUAGCAGAAGGAUAUUUGUGGGCCAGGAUAAUGGAGCCAUAAUGGAAUUUCACAUCUCUGAAGAUUUUAAUAAGAUGAACUUUGUUAAGACAUACCCAGCUCAUCAGAGCCGGGUGUCUGCAGUUGUCUUCUGUUUGGGAGCAGAAUGGGUUAUCAGCACAGGCCAUGACAAGUGUGUCAGCUGGAUGUGUACCAGGAGUGGGAACAUGCUUGGAAAACACUUCUUCACUUCCUGGGCUUCAUGCUUACAAUUUGACUUAGAUACUCAGCAUGCCUUUGUUGGAGACUACUCUGGACAGAUCACACUGCUAAAGCUUGAGCAGAACACCUGUUCAAUUAUUACAACCCUUAAAGGGCACGAAGGUAGCAUUGCUUCACUGUGGUGGGAUCCAAUUCAGCGGUUACUCUUCUCUGGAGCAUCUGACAACAGCAUCAUCAUGUGGGACAUUGGGGGAAGAAAAGGCCGGAUGCUAUUGCUUCAGGGACAUCAUGACCGGGUGCAGUCUCUUUGCUACCUUUCCCUCACAAGGCAGCUGGUUUCUUGUUCAUCUGAUGGGGGCAUCGCCGUUUGGAAUAUGGACGUCCGGAGAGAAGAGGCUCCUCAGUGGUUAGAAAGUGAUUCUUGUCAAAAAUGUGAACAGCCUUUUUUUUGGAACAUAAAGCAGAUGUGGGACACAAAGACGCUGGGCUUAAGACAGCAUCACUGUAGGAAGUGUGGGCAAGCAGUAUGUGGGAAGUGCAGCACCAGGCGUUCCACGUACCCAGUCAUGGGCUUCGAGUUCCAGGUCCGCAUGUGUGACUCUUGCUAUGACUCCGUCAAAGACGAAGAUCGCACUUCUCUGGCAACCUUUCAUGAAGGAAAACAUAACAUUUCUCACAUGUCUAUGGAUGUUGCUAGGGGCCUCAUGGUGACCUGUGGGACUGAUCGUGUUGUAAAGAUAUGGGACAUGACUCCUGUAGUUGGUUGUAGUCUUGCAACUGGAUUCUCCUCCCGCUGACCUAGGACCUGGGCAGUUUAUGCACCUUAUGUACAGCAACAAGUACCAAAUGAAGUCCUUCCUCUGACUAGCUCCACAAUUUCUGGUGGCUUGAAUAUCCAGUAACCGUUUAAAAACAAAGUUUAAAAAGUUUUUGUUCUCUAGGACACUCCUGGAACCGCCUUGAUGAAGACAUGCCUCUGAAUGUCUUGGUAGGGGGAUAUAAAGGAUUAUCUGUAAUGUGAGUCCUGGAAAAGUGGACUUAACUUCAGUGUGGUUUGCAUGUGAACAGCGUGUUAAAAAUGCCCCAAAAAAGGGAUCAGCUUGAGAGGGUUAGUGGAAAACAUUGGACAAAGACGUAAAGGAUUUUCAAUAAACGGUUCCCGUAGGAUUCCCUGUCUGGCCAGAUUUCCAAAGCACUUUUGUAGCUCUACAGAUUGUUGGAGCAAGAAGCAACAGCAAGGAAGACUCAGAAUACCUGGUGAUGGAAUUCUGAAGUGCCAGAGAGUCCCGGACGUCUGCUGCAGGGACCGGAGGAUGUUCUGUAGCAUAGUGGUUGACCAGUAUCCUCAAGGCGGCUCUUCUUCCCAGGCUGUGUGAUAGUCUGCACAUAGUUUCAGUUACCCUCAGUCAUUUGUAGCUUUCUUCUUUGUUUUCCAAGCUCAUAUACACAGGCGAUUCUGUAGAUGUUGCUAAGUCAGUUGUAAACUCUGUAUCCGUGAAGGCAGCCCACAGCUGCCCACUGACUCCCUAGCAGUUACUUUGCAGACAUUUUUAUGGUGCUCUUAAAAUGGGGAAUACACUAAGCCAACUGGCUUUUCUCAUUGCAGUGAAGAAUGACGCCAAGACCAGCAUGAUUGUGUUGGAAAUGGUCCGUAUGUUCCAUCCAACACUCUGGUCCACUGUACACUGAUGAGAGCGAUGUGGUAGCUGUGUAGUAUGUGCUUCAGAAGAGUGCGCCAGUGCUUAAACGGUGGCUUGUUUAGUGCUCCUACUUCUGGGCACUUCUUAGGAGUAGUUGAUGACUCGAGACAAUAGUUCUAAAAUCAGACUUUGCACAGUAGUAACCUGUAACUUGCUCACAUGAGACCUAACAUUUUCUUUUAUUUUUUGACAAAGUUUGGCAUAGAAGUCAAGUACUGUUAAAGCUUUUUAGUCAGUCACUUCCUGGACGACUUUAGCAUUCAUUCCAUCCAUUUUACUAUGAAGAUAUUUAAGACUUAUUGCCUAUUGGGCUAUAGAAAUGGGCACAUUUUUGAGUAUACGUGGUUAUAUUUUUUGAAGGAAGAAUUUUAAAACAGAUGGUAAUGGUGUCUGUUUCUGUGCACUAAUGUAUUUGGAUUAAAAGGCUCUGCUAGUUUGUGGUUAAUUUUGUGGGAUUAAAAAGAGUCACAGACUUUCUUUUAUGGUAAUAGUUAAGUGGACGAUCAAAUUAGGAAAUUUAUAUUAGAAUGAAAUGGUUUAAUGUCCAGCUGACAUGAAUGGUUGGAUGGGGCGGUUGGGAAGGGUGUCAAAUAUAUCAUGUUUUGAACUAGCCUGCACUUAUUUCUGAACAUCAGUCAAAUUUUGGUGUGAAAUACCAUUUUGGAGCAAUGUCUUUGGAAGAGAUUUCAAUUUUUGAAAACUUAUAAGGGCCCACAUGUUGCUUAUAUAAAAUCCAUGAUAGGGAAAAAUAUAUAUAUAUAGCAUCAAAUGUUAAACAUCAUAGAAUAACUUUCAUUUGAACAAAUGUUCUUUCCCUGUGUUCAGCCCAUAUGAAAGUGCUGUCCUGGGGAACUAAUUGAUCUCUACAAGCAAAAUAGGAUAAGAUUGUUUGCCAUGCUGAAAAAUGCUGAACUCUUGUUUUGUUUUUCCCUAAAGUUUUUCAGAAUGUCAUGUUUCUUCCCUGUGAUAGACAAGGACAUGUUAUCAGGGCUUUGAGCAGGACUGUAACAUUUGGAAACUAUUUCCAUUUGGAGAUUCUUAAUGAAAAAUCCAGUGUUCCAGAGAGGGACAUGAAGUUGCCAUAGCAACUCCUAAGGUAUUAACUUAAUAUAAAUCAAGGGAGAAAUGGAUGUUAAGCAAAAAUGGGAGUAGACUAUCUAGGGAAAGCAAAGAAACAAUGGUUCUGGUUUUUUUCCACUUGUUUUUAUUUAAAGAAAAAAAAAAACCACCCACACACUGCAGAAAUGUCUUAUCACUAUCACAGAUUUUCGUAGCAGAAAGGUAUAAGUAAUACUGUUUAGAGAAACAAGUAAAAAUUAUUUCCUGAAGUUUACUGGGUGGAAGGAUGCUGGUAAGGUUAAAUUAUAGAUAAUACACUAAUUUUUUCAGUGCAAAGAAGAGAGAGGGUUAUUUCAAAUUAUUUAUAAAUAGCAGUUCAUUGAUCUCUUCAUUCUUUUAUGCUCCCACUCAUAAUAAGCAUUUUUAAGAAUUUCAGGCUCAUUAUACUCAGAAAGGCGAUCUCUGUGUUAAGUUCUAGUAGAAAGUAUUGCGAUGAAGAAAGACCAAUUGCUCAUUUAAUACAACUCUUUAAUUUCCCUGUGUGUCCUCAGUCUUAGUGGAUAGGACCCCGCAGCAUCACCUAGGUACAGAUAAUUCAUAACUUCAAAAAUCUCUUUAAGAGUGUGUCCUAGUCCAAUUUUGCUGCCUAGGGCAAUUAAAAAUUAUUAUUAUAGCACUUUCUAGUUGUUCACUUCCUAAAGAAUCCAAGUUAGUUGUAUCUUAAAGUUGCAGUUGUUUAAACUUGCCCCAAUUGUAGUAAAAAAAAAAAUAGAUACACACACACACAUAGUGGUAAAAACGUAAGCAAAUAUUUUCUAGAACCAAUUUGUGUCAAAAUAGCAUCUAUUUAAGUUAUUGAUUCUGUUACCUCUGGAAAUUGAACAAAUUAAGAUGUUGCUCUAGAUACCAGUUACUCAUUAUGAACUUGAGGUUUAAUAUUGAGUAAGUAAUAUGUACUUAUAUGUGUUCAGGUGUCUAUUGCUUUGUUGUUAAAUGCAGAUUAUUGAAUGCCUACUGUAUUUUCUGCAGUUCACUAUACAAUAACAGUUGUGUAAGAAAUUUGUAUUUAGGAUGCAAUUUUAAGUGGUUUUUUUUUUCUUGUAGAGUCUUUUUUGAAUGGGGGGAGUGCAGGGUCCUAUUAAGUGGUGUAUUUUAGUCUCUUAUUAGCUGUGUUUCUGCAAGAUGCUGUGCCCUACAUAACUAGGAGAGACUAUAUCAACUUUUCCCCUUGUUCCUCUCUAUUUGUGGGUUUUGUUUUUGUGGGGUUUUUUGGAAUACAUGAAUAAUAAAAAUUUUUUUCUUGUUAA